GGGGGCUUCUCGGGCCAUCUUGGGGGCUUCUUGGCUCAAGCCGUUUUGGCUCAAGCGGUGUCCAUUGCAGGUCAACACAUGCAGCUCUAGCCAUGUCGGCACUGCUGAUUUGAGAGCUUUUGUGAGUAACCUGGUCUGUGCCUUUUCCGCCUUGCUGAAAUGUUUUUCCGGUCAGGAUGCUCAGUGUCUCGCCGCGUAUGUUCACCUCAUGUGACUUCAUCAUUCGCGAUCUUGGUGGGUACAGGUCCUGCUGCUCGACUUGUUUCGAACACGCCCGUGUUGCAUCCGAGGUGCUCCAUGGUGAGUAGCUUUGGCCGUGUGCAAUACGUUUCAGGCUCAAUCGGGUUGGGUUGUCUGCAUCCAAGCGGCUAUCGAGUAACUCGAGCAGGAGGCCGCCAGCGUUUUGUCCAUCGUCUUGUGGCAGAGGCGUUUCUCGGCGAUCCCCCAUCAGUGCAGCACUGCCAGGUGAACCACAAAGAUGGAGCUAGGGACAAUAAUCGCGUGACGAACCUGGAGUACGUUACACGCUCACAGAAUGUCCGUCAUUCGUUUUGUAUUAACCCAAAUAGAAGACAUGGUGGACGCUUGCUUGCCAAGCCAGUAUGUGGCAGAUUAGUUGGGACAGAUGUCUGGAACUGGUACCCAUCGAUGUCUGUGGCUUCGCGACAAUUGAACGUACAUAGGUCAAAUGUUACAUCAUGUUGCAUAGGAUCGAUGAGGCAGAUUGGAGGCUACGAGUUCAAGUACGCAAACGUGGAUGUGAUGGAUAUUGCUCCUGGUGAGCAAUGGAGGCAGGCGGUGCACCCAGACACGGGAGAAAGUCUGUUGAAUUGGAUGGUUAGCUCUGAGGGCCGAGUACAAUCUUCAAGGAGAAUUGUUGGCUUGGGCACUCGUUGUGACUCGGGCUAUUUUAAAAUUCAAGUCAAUCGUCAGAAGAUUAGUGUACAUAGGAUUGUGGCCCGUGUGUUUAUCGGGCCGCCACUAGAUCCAGAGCAUCGUGAGGUCAACCACGUCGAUGGCGAUCCGGGUAAUAACCAAGUUGGUAAUUUGCAAUGGGUUUCACGGCAGGAAAACAUAAUACAUUCUUAUAUGACGAAUGAGACACGACUGAGGGGCCCGAUGGCGAUGCGCAAAGCUGUUGUAGCGCAGCAUCUGAUAACCAAAGAAUCGAUGGAAUAUCCAUCUAUCAAUGAUGCUGCACGCCGUCUGAGUUUGAAAUGUGGGUCCGUGUCGGCGUGUUGCCACGGAAGGAUCUCACGAACAGGCAUGUACACGUUUCGAUUCGUUGAACAUGCCCCCACAUAUCUUGUAGGUGAAGAUUGGCGACCAAUUCAUGUUGCCACCAACAGCUAAUUAUUCUUCGUUGGCUUGCAACUUCCUUUGAAAUUCGAAACACAUCGACCGAGCCUCGGUGAGAGGCUACCGGUGACCAGCGAAUCAGCCCACCAGGCAGAAGCUUGAGCAUACAAGCCAAGAGGUUGUCAACAUUUCGAAGGUGCGAUGAUGUUUGAAUUGGCACCGCUGUUGACAUUUUAAACGAUUACGCCCAAACAUGCACAGAAUGUCCGACGUGUAGGUCUCCAUGCAGAACAAA